AUGGAUUAUUUGUUUUGGAGGAAAAACAAUAUUUUGGAGCCAGAAAAUGAUAGGGAUCCAUAUCCAUGGAUUAUCUGGUAUAUUUGGAAAGCUCGGAAUGAUAAGUUAUUCAGGAGGAUAGACAGGGAUCCAGGGGAGCUAGUGAGGCAUGCAGAGAGUGAAUGCCAGGCUUGGCAUAAUGCGAGAGAGAGCAUAACUACGUUUCAAGUUACUCAAGAACCUCAAGUCUUAAGCUUGGGUGACAUAUGUAUGGUAGAUGGUUCAUGGACCUCUACGGAUCAGUUCAGUGGGAUUGGAUGGGUAUGGAAAGACAGUAGGGGGAGGAAUCAGUUAAUGGGGACGAGGAACUUGACGAGACGGGAAUCAGCGCUACACUCGGAGCUGGAAGCUUUGAAAUGGGCAAUGGAAACAAUGCUACAACAUUCAGAUUGUCAGAGAUUUGGCACGGAUUGCAAGGACCUGAUUGCAAUGUUGACGAAACCAAAAGCAUGGCCAAGCUUCUCAACUGAACUGGAGAUGAUUCAAACGAUCAAGAUGUGCUUUUCGGACUUCAAGAUUUGUUAUGUGCCAAGAGCUGAAAAUGUGAUAGCUGACUCAUUAGCUAGGACUGCUCAUUGGGCAGGUUAUCCUGACACUCAGCGCUCUACCUCUGGCUAUGCUAUUUUUCUUGGUCCCAAUCUUAUUUCAUAG